AUGUCCGUUGCAUUUUGCUUUUUUCCCUUAAAUUUAUUUCUAUUUUUUUAUUGUUUUUUAUUCGAGGGUUUGUAGUCGAUCGUUAUUCGAAGCAAGCAACUCAGGAAAAUUCCUCUUAAAAUUUAGUCCCUGUCAGAGAGGUUUGGUUUCAAAGAAAUUAUUGUCUUCAGUAGCUUCUGCUCUGUAUUUCUAUAGCUGGAACACAAUUGGAAAACGCUGUAAUAGAUCAAAUAUGAAGAUUAUGCAAUGUUUCUCUUAUGUUCGAUGAUUUAAUGUGGACAAGAGCAGCAACAAAUCAGCUUGGAGGGUGGUUUUGGAUGAUAUUUGUAAGGUUCUUUUUGUUCUCUAGCUCUUUCGAAAGGUGUACAGUUUUAUUAGAUUCAGCUUGUACACCUAGAAAUUUCUCUUGUUUUAGCUUACCAUUGUCGAACCGGAUUUUUUUUGGAUUGGAUUCACAGUACACGAAAGCUUUUGAAAAUAGGUUUCUGCGCGGUAGAUUUUUUUUUUUAAUUGAGGGUUUGAAAUUCGAGGGAGAGGGAAACUAUUGCAAUAAACAAUAACCAUAUCUGUCUGGUGGACUGGCCCAGGCUUUAGUCUGAUCAUCGAAUUUGUAUAGUUUGGUUGGCAUUAGGACUUUUAGGUGUUAAUUGUAAGCACGGACUUGGAAAUUUAUGACAGGCCGGCUCAGGAAAAUAAAUAAUUUGUUUGGUGUACCAGCUCCUCUGGUUCAGGCAUUCGUUUUGGCCAAUCCACUUCUGGGUGCUCUAAAGUUUUGAGGAGCACUUUUUAGGGUUUCAUUGAAAGCCAUGGACUUGGAAAUCUCGGACAGACCGGCAGGGAACAAAAGAACAUUCAACCGCGUGGCGAGACCGCAGCAAAUAUGCAUAUUUUAUCAGGAAGGUAGAUGCAACAGAGACCCAUGCAAUUUUCUCCAUGCCGGAGAGCCAGGAACUUCGAAAAAAACUGGAGCAAACGGUGGCUUUGCUCCUAAGCGAUCAUUUCAUCUACAAGAAGAUGCACAAGGACCAGGACCUUCUGGAGGACAGAGAAGGAAUGGUUCUGCCAAAUGGGGCAGAGGAGGACUAGGUGGUAGAAUUAUGACAGAUGAGCGGCAGCAGAAGGUUCGUGAUGUAGUAUGCAAUUAUUGGAUUUCUGGUAGUUGCAAGCAUGGUGAGGAUUGCAAGUUUUUGCACUCUUUUGUUGUUGGAGGAGAUGUCACCUUUUUGACCCUGUUGGCUGGUCAUGAAAAGCAGGCUAUUCGAGGGAUUGUUUUGCCUUCUAAUUCAGACAAACUGUAUUCCGGAGGCCAGGAUGGAACAGUAAGAGUUUGGGACUGUCAAACUGGUCAGUGUAGCAGUGUAAUCAAGCUGGGUGUUGAGGUUGGGUGCCUACUUAGUGAAGGUCCUUGGCUUUUUGUUGGCAUUCCAAAUUCAGUUAAGGCUUGGAAUAUUUUAACUUCUACAGAGUUGUGUUUAAAUUGUCCCGGUGGUCAAGUGAAUGCACUUGUUGUUGGCAAUGACAUGCUUUUAGCAGGAGUACAUGAUGGCAACAUUUUGGCCUGGAAAUUUAGUCCCAUAUCUAAUUCCUUUGAGCCUGCAGCUUCACUUGCUGGCCAUACAAAGCCUGUGGUCACAUUAGUUUCAGGAGCAGAAAGACUUUACUCUGGUUCUAUGGAUGAGACAAUCAGAGUUUGGGACCUUGGUACAUUUCAAUGUAUCCAAACCCUUAGAGGUCACACAUCGGUUGUCAUGUCACUUCUGUUGUGGGAACAGUUUCUCUUGUCAAGUUCGUUGGACAACACAGUGAAGGUUUGGGUUGCGAUGUCAAGUGGCUUACUUGAAGUGACCUACACUCAUAAUGAAGAACAUGGUAUCCUAGCGUUGUGUGGAAUGCAUGAUGAACAGGCAAAGCCAGUUUUACUUUGUUCUUGUAAUGACAACAGUGUGCGACUAUACGACCUUCCAUCGUUCAGUGAAAGAGGUAAAAUAAUUUCCAAGAUGGAGGUGCGUGCAUUCCAAGUUGGACCUGGUGGAUUAUUUUUCACAGGCGAUGGAAUGGGUGAACUUAAAGUAUGGAAAUGGGCAACUCAGGCAUCAUGAGAUACUGCGAAAGUCGUUUUGCAAUGAGUUUCCGUUUUGAAGAGAGGCCUUUUUUGAUAUGUUAAUUCUGGUACAUUGCCAGUUGGGAGCUUUUCAAUGGUUUGGGCUGCAAAGUCAGUUGAAAGAUGUCACGUUCUCUGUAAUAUUGUUAAGUUAAAUGAAUCAUGAGCUAUUCAAGGGGAAAAUGUUAUUCUGCCAAAGUAUGAUUAAUGAAUUGUUUCAGGUCAACUGAUUCAAUAUUUUGAAUUUCUAUACAGUAAAGAAAAAUUGUUUAGGCUUUGUCCCGGCCUUCGCUGUAAUUUGUGCCACAAAUUGGCACUAAAUAUUACCAGGCCACUUACCCUAUUAGAGCUCUGAGUUGAGAAUGCUUUUACCUUUGAAAGUUCUUUAUAGUUGAACCUUGAACCAUGUCCCCAAAAAAUAUUUAUGUGUUGUAUUUGGAUCAACACUAUGGUUUUAAAAAUAUGCAAAAAAGAUAACAUACGUUACGUUAA